AAGUAGCAAAGUAAGCAAAUUGAACCUAACGUAAGUAACUUCCAUCUUACAUUUACUAACUAUCAGAAUGAUCUAUUCUUGGUAGGUACCCAUGGGUGACGAUCACGAGGCUGGAGAACAACACAUUGCCGUUGGUAACCCAAAUCUGUCUGUAGAAGACAUAGUGGCACACACCGAAGGCUACGGCGCUGAAGAACCCCCUGUUGGCACUCAUGAUGCAACAGGCGUUGUAGAUGACAUGGGUCUACUGACCGAUGAACAACUGGCCGAAGGAGCUUCGGUGGCGACUGAGCAAAAUCUCAUGAUGGAGGUUGAUAUCAUAGCUGCAAACAAACGGAGUGAACACUCCACUUCUGCAGCUGUCAUCAAUAUAUCAACUUCACCAUUGGCGGACUUUAAUGCUAGUUCCAAAAUGAAUGUUGAAACGGUUACAGAAAUUCCGAAUCCUACAUUUUCUCUUGGACUUACACAGGAAGACCCUCAUCCUAUCAGAACAUAUCCUCCAGUUGGGGACAAUUGUGACCUAGCUACCAAUGACGAUGUCCCAUCUAACGCAGCAGAGCACGAUGACGUGGCUCCGCCAUAUAGAAAGAGCAAGCGGGCUAAGGUGGUACCAAGGGCUCUAGUAGGCGACUACCAGUGCGAUAAACGAGUAUUAACGCGUGCAUGGGAAGCACAUGUUGCAGCAAUUUCUAGCAUUCCAAACAAUGACUACGCAGCCAAACGUUACUCACUAUCAGAAAAACUCAACGAUUCAUUCGUUAUAAACGUUUUUGGACUAUCACUUGAAAGCAGGGAGUUAUCGUUAAUUGUUGAUAGGAGUACCCAUCUUCCCGCCAAGGUAGUUGAUGUUCUCAUACGUCACACUCGUUCGGUGCUCCUAACCCACCCUGAUCAGUUACAAUCCAAGAACUCUGUGUUCCUUGAAACAAAGUUCGUUUCCCUGCUUUCCAAGACGUUUACUAGGUUCUCCAAGGCUCCAAAGAAAGAGAACUUUCGUUUCCCUACUUCACUGUCUGACAUUUUGGUUGGAGAUUGUGAAAUUCAUGAAGCUUCUCGUUUCUACUUCCCUUUCAACUUCGACAAAAAACACUGGGUAGGAAUAUGCAUUGACUGCUCUAAUUGGCAAGUUAUUGUGUUAGACUGCAAUUAUUCUCUCCGGACAGACGGGAUGAUUAGCAAAGAAUUGCCCCCUAUUGCACAAAUGUUCCCUUUUCUACUUCGUCAAGCCGGGAAACAGAUAGCUGCCAAAGAUCUCAAGACUCUCACCGUAGAGAGACCCCGAAGUGUGCCCCAGAAUUACAGCCAGUUCGACUCUGGUAUAACCGCAUCUCUUCUUAUUCAAGCUCAUGCUGUUGGAGGCGUCGAUGUCUGCAAAUGCAUUACAGAGCAUGUGCUCGACGCGGAGGUGGAAAGAACCGCAGUCAUGAUAUACGAAGACAACGUCGGGCUACUCUGAUUCCACUGCACUAAGCUUGUCUACUUUUUUCAUUCCGUUGCUUAUGCAAUCCACACUUAUGUAAUAAUGUUCACCGGUUUCUAUUGUACUCUUUAUUUAUCGAAGUAUUUCACCCUCUUGUAUC